UGGUUGGCUACGUAAAUAAGGGCGGUACAGACAGCAGAUAGCAAACGCGGAAUGAAUGGGGGAACAACGAGAACAGAGCAAGUUGGGGACUAAGGCAAAUUCCCUUACUGACUUACGGAAGAAGAAAUAACCACGUACUAAAUGGUUCUCUGUUACUGCUACAUUUGUUUACAAUCACGUGGCUGUUGUGUUAAGCAAACAUUGUGAAUACUGCCAUCAGUAAAGAUGGCUGCUUAGUAGAUUUUUCAACCGUCCAAUAGGAGGUGCGAUUCAAAGAGCAAGUGUGAGGAAUCGCCUCCCUUCCAACCAUUGCUGUUGCUAAGCAACGGAUAGAUUCAACCAGCUUCUGGUUACUAGGUGAUAGAAGCCGCAACAAAAAAGCUAGAAGUUUGUAUGGGGGCGAGUGUGCUUAGUUCUACUUCUCAGUGAUGAUGGCUACUACUUUGUCUGCUCCCGUCGUGCAGCAUGGGAGGAGGAAAGGUCUUAGCAGAGCAAAGUCAGCUGGAAACAAUACAGAAGUGCUUUCAGGAAUAGCUAAACCAAAACCCAUUGAUCUGAUGCAAGUCACUGUAUUCCCCAAGGCUGAAUGGGAGAGAAUUGUAAGCAACACAAACACCUUAGAGGAAGAAGCCAGGCAAAUAUAUGAAGAGAAGAAAGAAAGGGAAGCCUUACAUUUAAAGUCCAAGGAAGUGGUGAAAAACUGGACCAACACCAUAGCUGGUAUGAGACAAAAGAGGCUGGAAUCAAAGAAGCUCCGUGAGGAAAAAGAGGAGAAGGAGAAAAAACUGAUUGAUUUAGAGGAAGCAAAAUUUCAGGCGCAAAAAAGGAAAGAGGCAAUUGAAAAAGCCAGGCUCAAGCAGUACUAUCAAAAUGACAAAGUUAAAACAUUCCAUAGUGCCUUGUUACUUACGGAAGUAGCAAAAGAAAGGGAACUGCAGAUAGAGCUGAAGAAUAAGAUUUUGGCUCAGAGCAAGAAAAAUGAAAAACACUGGCAGCGGGAACUGGAGGAAGGCAUAGCUGAAGAUCAGAGGAAAGCAUUGCAGCAACUUACGGACAGACGGAAUAACAGCAAUGAGCUCCUCAAGCAGAUUGAAGAACAAAAACACAAAGCAGAAUUGGAGAACAUAGUCAAUCAGAGAGAAGGAGAAGAAAUCCAGAGACUAACCAGGGACUAUGAGAUGGAAAUGAGGAAGCUUGCCCAACAUAAAAUUGAGCAAAAACAAGAAAUGAAGAGGACUCAUCUAGCCCAUAUCUCAGACAGAGAUUUUGUCAGAGCUCUGGAAAAACAAAAGGAAGAAGACAACGAUGAAAUGCUGAGACACUUCGUUCUAGCCAAGAGAAAGAUGGGCAACUUGAGAAAAGCAAAAGAAGUAGAAAUGAACAGGCAAGUUGAAGAGAACAGGGAUAAAAUCACUGAGCUUCUGUCAGCAUGGUAUAAGCAGAAAGCAGACAACGAAGAGGAACGCACAGCAAAAGCAAUGGAAGAUCAGGAAGCAAAGCAAAAGAAAGAAGCCCAGGAGAAAGAAGAGAAAAUAAAGGCAGAUAUAAAGGCGAUAACAGAGCACAGACUUGCUACUAGAAAGAAGAAGGAGGAUAAAGAAAAAGAGGAGAAGAUGAAAGCUCUGCAAACCCUUUACUCCAUGAAAGAAAGUGAUCAUCUAUUUUUGCAGCAACAGCAAGAGAAAAUGAGAAGAGCAGAGGAAGAAAGCAGGAAUGCGCAUGCUGUGCAAGUCCAGCAAAUGGCAGAGAAGAAGGUAAUGGCACAGUCGGACAGACAAGCUGAUAUCCAGUAUGCAAAGCAAAGUGAAUUAUUACUGGCCAAGGAAGAGGAAGAGUUCCAAGACUAUGCAAAUCAAGUGAUUGAUGUGGUCACUAGAGCAGGGAGAAAUCCAUACGCACUGAAAAAAGCAGCAGAGAGUGGCACUGGGGGUGGGCACGGCCCGGUCUAUACAGGAAGGGGGGGUAUUCGUCCUAGUUACCUUGUACAUGACACCAGUGGGGUUCAGUUACCCUCUUAUAAGAACGGAACCACCCAGGAAAUCAAAGGACUGUACGACAGCGGGGACAUCCAGCAUGGAAAGAGAAAACUUGGCUUUACAUGGUGAAAUAAUGCUAGGAUCAUAGUAAUUCACAACCAUGACACCUAGCAAGAUGUUACACCUAUUUACUCACUCUGUAUACUGAGCAAUACAAGUGGCUGUGGAAAUCUUUAUUAUUAAAAAUGAAGUUUAAACCA